GCGCCGACUCGGGCUCCGGCUUUGCCAUGGGAUGCGACGGGGGCACAAUCCCCAAGAGGCACGAGCUGGUCAAGGGGCCGAAGAAGGUGGAGAAGGUUGACAAAAAUGCUGAGUUAGUGGCCCAGUGGAACUAUUGCACUCUGAGUCAAGAGAUUCUGAGGCGACCGAUCGUCGCGUGUGAGCUGGGCAGACUGUACAACAAAGAUGCCGUCAUCGAGUUUCUCCUGGACAAAUCCCCGGACAAGGCCCUGGGGAAGGCGGCCUCGCACAUCAAAAGCAUCAAGAACGUGACGGAGCUGCGGCUCUCGGAUAACCCCGCCUGGGAAGGGGACAAAGAGGGCACGAAAGGCGACAAGCACGACGACCUCCAGCGGGCGCGCUUCAUCUGCCCCGUGGUGGGCCUGGAGAUGAACGGGCGGCACAGGUUUUGCUUCCUGCGGGGCUGCGGUUGCGUGUUUUCCGAGCGAGCCUUGAAGGAGAUCAAGGCGGAAGUCUGCCACACGUGCGGAGCCGCCUUCCAGGACAAGGACGUGGUCGUGCUCAACGGCUCCAAGGAGGACGUGGAGGCCCUCAGGCAGAGGAUGGAGGCCCGGAGGCAGCGAGCCAAGCUGGGCAAGAAAGCAAAGAAGCCCAAAGCGGCCGAGUCCGUGUCCUGCCCCGACGGUGAAGAGGCCCCAGGACCGUCCAGAGUGAAGGCGGGGAAGCCCGAGGCGCCCGACGCGGAACCCAGAGAGAAGUCGGCGCACGCCGCGGCCAGAGCUGCAGCCACCAGCGGGGCCCCCGCGGGGAAGGCGGGCAAGGCCGAGCGUGCCGCCCCCAAGCGCUCCAUCGCCGAGAGCGAGGAAUCGGAGGCCUACAAGUCCCUCUUCACCACCCACAGCUCCGCCAAGCGCCCCAAGGAGGCGGCGGCCCACUGGGUCACCCACACGUCCUACUGCUUCUGAGCGCCCACCCGAGACAACCCCGCCCG